AUGGAGCGAUUGCAAGACGAUACAAUUGUGCCAUGGACGCCACCAUUGUCAAUCUCACUGGUCCCAACGCAGCUGUUGUCAACACCUGGUCGUGAUGGUGAAGAUGAAUCCAACAUCCGUCCAGUCCGUAAGCGUCGUGAGGUGGUGCGCUACCAGGAUAAAUUCCAGCGACCGUUUCAACUGGACGACUACGAAGCUACACACGCUGCGCUAUUCUGUGUGGUCGCUGGAACAGCUGACGAAAGCGUUACAACGUACAAAGAGAUUCUAUGCUCACCGAAUUGCACAGUGGCAGCAAGCGAUGGAAGCAGAGAUGAAUUGUCUGCGAAGCCACAAGACAUGGCGGCUAGUGCAGCUACCGACUGGCAAGAAACCUAUUGGAUGCCGCUGUUUGUUCAAGGUAAAACGUAA